AUGAUCGUGGAAGGAACUAAACGCAAAAAGCCUCCGACUUUUGGUCACCUUCCAAUCAAUAGAGCCAAAAAGCUUAAGCAGUCAUGGGUCGAGAGCAAGAAGAUAAAGUCUCAGUGGAAAGCCCAGAAAAAACGGGAAGGUUCUCUUCAACGAAAACCUGAAGCUCUCCCCGAUGGCGGCCCACCCCCCGCACAUAACGAAAUCCGUGAUGGCAGUGACUCAGAAGAAUCUGAUUCCCCAAACUCCAAGGAUCAAGAAAUACAUUCAGACACUUGUCCCUCAAAUACUCCCGAGCGCAAGGAGCGACCAGCCUCAAGUACUUCAGCGGAUGACGGGAUUUCACUUCGAGAACUCAGCAGACAAGCUUACUCGCGCAAUUCCCUUCAUACGUACAAGGCGAAUCCUAAAAGACACGAUUCAAAACCUUCUCGCGGAGCCAAUCCGCACCGAGGGAACAUCAGAGGAGGGCGCGGUGCUUCCUUUGGAGAUCGAGGGCACGAGAAGGGGCAACCCAAUAUGAAGUUUCGAAUGACCGCCAUGCUUGAGAAAAUCAAGCGCGAUUUCACUUGA